AUGUCAACAACAUAUAAACUUAAUGGUUACAAUCAAUCAGUCAAGUCAUCAAUACUUGCACCAAAACCAACAGCUGCAACAAGUAUAGCAACAGCAAUCAAAGCUCAAGAGAUGUCAACACCAAUGCAACCACGUUGGCGUACAGGUUUCAUCCAUGCACGUCCAACAAGAGUUGCCAGUGCCACAAGCCUUGCUGCGAAUAGAUUACAUUCGACAAGAUCAAUGUCAGCAGCCUUAAGGCAACAGCGGCUGCAGCAACAGCAACAAAGGCGACGCUUAUUAGCAAAACAAAACAGCCGACAGCAGAGACAACAACGUGAACUCUUUCAGCAACAACAACAAGAACAACAAAAAUAUCUACAACAAUUGCAACUACAACAAAAUCAUGCGAAAUCAUUUAACAAUUUAGAUCCUUUGUUGCGGCGACAAUUACAAAUGUUGUUGGAACAAAAAGCGCAAACAAUGAGACAUUCUCAGAUGUCAUCACAACAACAUUUACAACAACAGCAGCAACGACAACAACAACAGCGGCAAAGACAAUUGCUGUUGCAGCCACAGGAGUUGCAAUUAGCUCAUGUUGCUAAUAAUGCCGCUCCUGAUUUAGCUACCAAGUUCGAUGCGCUUAGAGAAAAUGUUGCAGAUGUUGAUUUCGAUGAAGGCGAUGGUGAGGCUGAUUUCGACCGAUACAAAGAUGGUGAUGGUGAUGGCGAUGUUGACUUUGAUGUCACUGAUGACUUUUAUUUUGGAAUAUAG